AUGUGGGAUAACCCACUAGCAGUGCCCUUGGCGCCCAAAGUCAGGGAAAUGGAAAAGAAAGCCCACAUGCGCGUUAAAGCACAUGAGGCAGGAAAAGAUAAAGUCCCAUUUUUAAAACAAAGGCAAUAUGAGAAAAUGGACAAAGAGCUCCGUGAGGAACUGAGACAGUGGACCAAAUUAGCUCUCACAGCCUCUGCGCUAAGCAAGAAAAGGGAAGUGAACAUGCCAGAGAAGAAAAAGCAAGUGAGAGAAAAAGGAAGUGAGCAGAAGCCAGCAUCCAGUACACGCCCCACUCAGAGCAGCCUUUAUCCCUCACUGGCCGGUCUUGGCCCUCCCCCUUACAGUAUUGCCAAACAACAAGUGCAGGUCACGCUUAAAGACUCAGUGGAAGUUGAUAUACCAGACUUCGAUGAUGUAGUGCAGGACUUGAAAGCAAUGACUGAAAGGGUGGCAGCAAUGGAAAAAAGAGACAGACAGAGUAGAGAUGUGGAGGAGGAAGAAGAAGGGUCAAAUACGGGAAGCAAAUCAAAUCAUGAGCACAAUAAAGAACGAAGUUCAGAAGGAGGAUCAGAAAAAGGGGAUGGGGGUGUGGAAAUUAUCAUUGAAGGGAGACUUAGACAUGCAGCAGGCAAUCCACCAGGGGACAUUAAUAGAGUGUUUAGAGAUUUUCCCGACGAAGAGAAUAUCCCCAUACCUCACUGCACCCGUUCACGGGGAGUGGUGUCUGAAUGCAGUGGGCCAAUGAGGCAAUUAACAGGAGCCUAUGGAGGUGAACAAUACCCAGGGUCGCCAACGUUUGGGGGGGGUAAAGAGGGUACCGUGCGGAUGAUGCCUCUCCUUGCGAGCAGCCAGGGGGGUUUCAAGUACCAACCAUACAGUCAUAGUGACAUGACUGCAGUCAUGGCAAAAUUGCCACCAAUAACGUCAGGGGGAGGCCGCUGGUUAAACAAGUUAACUACCCUGAGCCAUGGCACACUAAUGGCAUUGGGAGACGUGAGGUGCCUGUUGGGUCAAAUCCUCACCCCGUCCCAAAUGAGGGAUUGGGAAAGAGACGCCGAUACGGAGAAUGUCGCACAUGAGACACCCUUGACUGAUGUGCUUACUCGUCUAGCACAGGCUCUGAGAGGUAUGUUUCCCACCCCACCCACUGUGUACCAAAAUAUUAAGUUCCGCAUAAAGCCAGGUGAAACUGGAUCGAGUUAUUAUUUUAGAUGCACUUCGGAGUGGGAACAGAUGGUCGAAGAAAACGGCUUAAACAACCCAAUUACUAAAGACAUAUUUAGAAACGCCGUAAUGUCCGGGGCGCCCAAUGGGGUGAAACAAGCGUUAGAAAACAACCCAGAGAUGCCUGUGGCAACUGAUUCAGUGUGGGAACGACACCUUAUUUUCCAUAUAGACAAAUUAGUGGAUAAACAGUGUAGGGAGUCUGAGGAGGUGGAGACACUAAAAGCCCAGUUGCUUAAAUUACAAAUAGAGGCAGCUAAGGGAGGGAAGAAACCAAAGCAAAUGGUGCAAGUCCCCCCUCAACCAAACACCAGUCAGCAAGGGCCUGAGGAGCACCUCCACCAUGGCAACAAUAUAGACAAAGGGGAUGCUACCAAAACACAAGGGGUGGGUAUAGAGGCAGAGGCCAAGAUAGAUCCCAACCACAAGGUCAAUGGGGAGUGUGCCACGCAUGUGGAAGUCCUGAUCAUUGGAUUAGGGACUGUCCGACUCGCCAGGAACAGCAGGCCAGGGGACCAACUGCGAGGGGAUGGGGUCCCUAUAGGGGAGGUUCCAGAGGGCGUGGCUCUCACACCCCACAAAACACCCCGGGGCAACAGAACUUGGCUCCUCACAGCUUUCAGGCACCCAUGCACCCUGAGUGCAACCCACAAUGGGGCUCUGGGGGAGAAACAGGGGAUUGUUGAAGGGGCCCACACAGAGAAUCCACAAGAGAUAAGUGACAAAACUGUUGGAGUCGUGGGUUUCUCUGGUGGGAUAGAAUACUGGCCUUUGACCACUCCUCUUACCACUACGGUGGCAAAUCAGAGACUUGUACAUGCGUUCCUAUACUCCUCCAACGCACCAAUACCCCUAUUGGGACGAGAUCUGUUGAUAAAACUAAGGGCCAGCAUUUUAUGUUCUCCUAAAGGAGUGACGGUCACUUUCCCAGACGGCACUAGCAUAGACUGUUCACAAAAACAAACCCUAGCAUCACAACAUGUACUGUUAGGAGGGCCUUUAGUAGAGAGGGCUGAAAUUUACUGGAUAGAGCUGGAAGACACACCAGCCUAUACCAGUGUGGUGUCACUGUACACCAGAAAUUUACCAUGGAUAAAAGAUUUGGCAGUGUAUCUUCCUCCCAUUGACCCCUUACACUGUACCCUGUAUUAUGAUAGAAAUGGGAGUGACAUAAUUUACCAAGAAGCCUUCCAGGAAAUGGAAGGGCACAUGUGGAGAAUGACAGGCGAAGGAAUUUUUGUGGGAAAACAGGGAGUGACAGCGUUGAUUGACCUAACGGAAAAACAGUUACAAUGGUAUCGAAUGAGCCAAACUGCCACACCCCACAUUUCGUUGGCACUGAGUCCUGGCCAUGAAGCUAGGGAAUUAGGGGGCAUGACCAAAAUUUUGAGGGAAGCUAGCGAUUGGGCACUCUGUGACAUUGCAGGAGUUCUGUAUUCAAAAACAAAUGAGGCAUAUUGGAUUAAUCAGAAUACCGAUGACUGUGGGACACUGACACAAUGUCAGCUCUCCAGAACCCAUGGUAGGGAACUGACUGAUGGGGAGGGAGCAAAAGAGCUGAUUGACAGACAACCAGCCUCCCUGUGGUCACAGGGCCCCACAGAUGUAGGCCUGUGUGACAUCACCCCCAUCACUUUUAACAUCAAGUCUGGGGAACCCCUUUGGAUUCCCCAAUAUCGUAACAAACCUGAGGCUGAUGAGGGUAUUGCCCCCACAGUCCAGGGACUGUGUGACAAAGGUGUUCUUUCACCAUGGCAAUCUCCAUGGAACACUCCUAUUUUUCCGGUCCAGAAACCAGGAACAGACAAAUAUCGCUUGGUACAUGACUUACGACGAAUUAAUGAGUUGGUAACAACUCCGACUCUCUCUGUUCCCAAUCCGUACACAGCAAUCUCGAGCCUAACUCCAGAACACCAAUGGUUUACGUGCAUUGAUUUGGCAAAUGCGUUUUUCUGUAUUCCCAUUGCAGAAGAGUGUAAAUCAUGUCUGGCAUUUACCUAUAGGGGAACACAGUUCUCAUACAACAGACUACCACAGGGUUUUGUCUUAUCACCGGGUAUCUUCAAUCAAGUAUUGAGAGAUAAGCUCCAAACCUGUCCUUUGCCCCCAACAUGCGUGUUAAUUAUGUAUGUUGAUGACCUGUUGCUGGCAGCAACCUCUGCUGAGGACUGUCUGAAGGCCUCCGAAGCCAUUAUGGUGCAACUGAAAACGGCAGGGUUUAAGGUGAGCAAAGAAAAACUGCAAUUAUGUCGUCCAUCAGUAACAUUCAUGGGCAGACUGAUUACAGGGCAGGGAACAACCCUUUCCCACCACCACCGAGAUGGCAUCCUGUCACAUCCCAAACCAACUUCUGUGAAGGACAUGUUAUCCUUCCUGGGAUUAACCGGAUUCAGCAGGAACUACAUUCCUAUGUAUGUAGCUGUGACCACCCCACUGAGGGCCAUGGUCAAAGAACAGGGGAUGAGGAACUUAACAGCAGAGCUCAUAUGGACCCCAGAGGCAGAACGGUCAUUUAUUGAGCUUAAACAGAGCUUGUCCCACGCAGCACGUCUUUUCAGUGCAGAUUACACACUACCUUUUUUCUUGGACGCGUCUGAAACUGGGCAAAGUGCCCAUGGCGUGUUGUUCCAGAAAUACGCAGGCACACGACAGGUGUUACUGUACAUCAGCGUCUUGUUAGACCCCAUUGAGCAAAGACAGCCGGCAUGUGCACGAUUUGCAGCCGGACUGGCGAAAGUAAUCGAGAAAUCAUCACACUUAGUCAUGGGCCACACCCUUACGGUUCUGACAUCACAUUCUGUCUUGGCUUUCAUCAACUCAGCCUCAUUUACCUUCUCCCCAUUGAGACAGCGUAAAUUGGCUCGGUGUCUAACAGCACCUAACAUCUCAUUUACACAUGACGGUGUUAACAUGGCAGACUUGUUCUCCGCUGGAGAACCACAUGACUGUGUCCCUCUCACGGAACAGGCGUCCAGGGUCAGAAAAAAUCUGACUGCCACCCCACUUACACCACCUGACAAUGUCCUAACGUUGUUCACAGAUGGGUGCUGUUUCCGUAAGGACAAUGGCAUGCUUACAUCUGCCUACGCUGUUGUAGAAGCCUCUGGUGGUCAGUACAUCACCAAAUAUGCAGAACUACUAGCAGGCAAACAGUCUGCUCAAAGAGCUGAGCUCAUUGCUGUCACCAAGGCCUUAACUUAUGCAGGUGACAGACGUGUCAACAUAUAUACAGACUCUGCUUAUGUUGUGGGCGCUGUUCACGUGGAACUUCCAGUCUGGCAACGUUGUGGGUUUGUCACUUCUUCUGGACGACCGAUUCUUCAUGAGAAGGAAGCCAAGGACCUGUUGGCAGCUCUCCUCGUUCCUGAGGCGGUGGCUGUCAUCAAAUGUCAAGGACAUGACAAGGGGGACUCAGACAUAGCUAAAGGCAAUGAGGCAGCGGACCAGGCUGCCAAACAGGCUGCUGGGUACCUCCCGAAAAUGCUGUUGCAAAUGUCUGUGCAGGAUUGCAACCUUUUGCCAUCAUUUACCAGACCAGCCUUAGUUGACGAGCACAAAAAAUGUUCCCCAGAAGAAAUUUCAGUCUGGAAAGAACAUGGGGCUGUACAGGCCCCAGAUGGCCUGUGGCAGGCACCGGAUGGUCGCCCUGCCUUGCCACUUAACCUUACACCCUCAAUCAUGGCCCAAGCCCACACCUAUGCUCAUGUAGGUAGCAAACAAAUGGCUAAAACCCUGCGGUAUUGGUGGCAUCCGUUUCUGACGGCCACAAUCAGUAAUUUCGUGCUGUCAUGUACUGUAUGUCAAGAGCAUAACCUAAAACCAUCAUUGAAACAACUUCAGGGUAGUUUUACACGUCUCAAGGGGCCAGGGGAAGAAAUUGUCAUAGAUUUCACUGAUAUGAUAGAGAGGGUGCAGGGAAAGAGAUAUCUAUUAGUGAUUGUGGAUAGAUUCACUGGGUGGCCAGAAGCAUACCCCACUGGCAAAGAAGACAGUACAGCAGUCAUCAAGUGCCUAAUCAAUCAUUACAUACCACAUCAUGGCUUUCCUCGCAGAAUCAGGUCAGAUAACGGGUCUCACUUCAAGAAUGAACAUUUACACACAGUUGAAAAGUCUUUGGGGCUCGUACAUGCAUUUGGGGCCGUCUGGCACCCCCAAUCACAAGGGAAAGUCGAACGUAUGAACCUCACGCUUAAACUGAAAUUGGCUAAAAUCUGUGCACAGACCAAAUUGACAUGGCUCUCUGCCCUACCGAUUGCAUUGAUGUCAAUAAGAUCGUCUGCAAACAGAAUCACAGGGUUCACACCUUUUGAAUUACUAACUGGUCGUUCAUUUCCAGGUCCAUCUACACCACUGACUGCUGAUUCCUGUGGAAUGGUGUCUCACUGUGUGUAUUUUGACAAACUAACUGGUCUAAUCAAACAAUUUUCUGAGCAGGCUCCUGUCACAUGUGAUCCAGAACCAUUUCCUGUUCCGUCACAGUAUGUCCGCCUGAAGAAGUUUCGCAGGAAAUGGAAUGAGGCUCGGUGGUCUCCUCCCCUGAGAGUCAUUGAGAGAACCAGUCACUGUGUGCGACUGGCUGGAAAAGGCGACACAUGGUAUCACCUGUCAUCUUGUGUUAACUGUGAUUCCCCCAACAGGUCGCUGUCUGACACUGCUGUGGACCUGAAGACUCAGGUCCAAGAGAGGGAGGAUUCCAGUGAUAGCACUCCAUCUGCAGAGAGCAACCAACAAAUCCUCCAAGUGAGGGAGGUACAGUUCAGAGAGGGAAUUGACGACCUUCCACAGGACUGGACUCUGCAGAUAUGUCAUAAAAAGGUGACCUUUUUUCAGGCCCACCAGGAGAGCAACUUGGCACAUUGUAUUAGCCAAGAUUGUGAAGACAGUCCAAAAGCAUUCAAUGAACAGGGUGGCCUGGGAACCAAGCAUGGUGUCCCACAUGGAACCAUGUAUGGCAGUCCACGCAGCCAGGUUUCAAAGGAAGUACAGACAAAAAGACCACAGAUGGAAAACUAA